AUGGAGCGCAGGAUCGCGCAUGGAAUCGCGGCACAUGAGCUUGAAAGCAGCAGCCAAUGCCACUAUGGGUUCCAUUUGGGAGAAGAGAAAAACGCGGCUACUGAGGCGGAACCGUGCAGACUUGCCCCCCUUUCGGGCGUAACGCCAAGCUACGUCAAAGUUUGGUGGGAUGCGGCGAUUUGUUUCAAGAUGGCAACAAAGCCGUUACAGAUGAGUCCUAGAGCAGCGGAUGUCGCGCGAGAGUCGAAAGCUUUGCACCAUGCGCUGAGUACACUGGUAAGCGCAUGGGACAAGCAAGGUAGAUUUUUAUCUAGUGGUAGUAGAAUUGACUCGUGCGCAAUGAUCAAGGUCCGAGCAUGUUUCCCUUCUCUCCCAAAGCGCCUACUAGUGGAUGCUGUUUUACGACGACUCAGUAGAGGCACUUUUGUUAGUGAGCUUGUUUGUCGUUUGCCGGAACCUCAUUUCCAAGGCGCCGUCAAACUCGGUGAUGGGAGCAGGCUGCCGUCGUCGUCAAGCACUGUCAUCCCUAAGAGGAGAAAGGGAGGACAGAUGCAGCGGCUAGAUGCAGCGCUGCUCUCCAUCACCAUGGCGGUGUCGCCACUUUGUGCACUCGCCCGCAUGUUAGCAGCUACAGCACUUCGUAUUGUCGGGAAGCUUGCUGCUGCUGAACCCUCCAGCAGGAGCUAG